AUGGUUCCGUCGUCGGCUUUUCGACCACAUGAGCCGAUACUAUCCCAACCGAAAGGGCUGCUACUUGAGUGCUCGACGUUUGUGGACUGUCCAUCGGAAGAUUGGAGGAAGCGCGACGCUAUUGUACCAAUGAAAGGCGCGCCACUGCUGCGCGGAGAAGACGCCGUUGUUCCGAAGCCAUUACUCACAAAAGGAUUUCGUCCGACACCGAACAGCGUCCGACAACCAAUUGCCGGAUAA